AUGAAGAUCUUUCUUCUAGGAGCCGUGCUCGCUGCGGCGCAGAGCGUCACCGCUGCCCUAGAUGAGUCGCUCCUUGAAACCUAUGUUGGCUCGCUCGAACUCACCUCUUCGUUCAACCCCGUCGAGGAAGCUUACUGGACUGGGUAUGCUCAUCACAGGCGUACCCCGUUCGCUGUCUCUCCAGAUGGUGAAUCGGCGUACCUGGCCUAUCUGGAUUCGAGCGAGACGGACGUCCACGUCCAGAAGGUGGACCCUAGCACGUUCAAGGCAGUGGGAUCUACUGUUACUGUGACAGGCGGAAAAGAAGCUGGCGGCUUGGUCGCGCACAAUGACGGCUUCGCCCUCCUAACCAACGAGGCCAUGCCCUCCGGAACCUCCAAUGCACCACCCGACAACACACCUGUUGCUGUUCUCUACCGCUACACCAACGGCGAGCAAACCUGGAAGACCUGGCUAGGUGGUCCCGACGUCGAAUCAGCCGACGGCUCCCUCGCCUCCCCAGACAUGAAUGGUGACCUCGUCUACUCCGCCGAAGCCAAUCUCUACGGCGCCUACUUUGUCGUGACAGCCUACUCUGGCUCUGCCUCCGGCCACUUCGGCGACAGCAUCCAAUACGUCAAUGAUGCCGGUAAGCUCCAGACCAUCUCCGGCGCAACCAGUACAUGGGGUUGCAGCCACAAUACAGGUAUCGCAUUCGAAGAAGCUUCCGAGGCUCCCUUCGCCAGUAUCUGCGCCGAAGACCAGGGCGCCAUUUGGCUCAACACCAAAGGACAAGGAAUGACAACCGAAGGCGUCAAGAUCUCCAACGAGAACACCACCAACGGUGCAUCCGGAGAACCCAUGGGCGGGAUGGGUGGCAGCUACAGUGCCCUUGUCAAGUUUGGCGAUAGCUCGCGGUACAUCUUCGCGUGGCCCUCUCGUGGCGCCAUCGACGUCACCGAGAACGAGUGGAUGGGUGCUGGAUACACACACGUCCUCCCCCGUAACGAGAACCGCAACGUGGCCGUCGCUCUCUUCUCUGACAAGAACACGCUCGUCGGAGAGCAGGCCACCUCUGAAGUCGGUACCCAGGAUGCCGAUAGCCAGAUUACCUGGGUCACCGAGGGGAAGGCUGAUCACUCCAACGUCCGCGCUGCCGCGUUCGGCGCUGACAGUGCGCUCGUCACCUGGGAGCAGAUUGACAACCCGACCUGCGAUGAGUUCAUUGCCAUGGGCUGCAAGGGUGCGUUCUCCGGAACGUAUUUCCAACAGGUUGACAAGAACGGCAAAGCUGUGGGAACUGCUCUCAACAGCUCUGACAUCUACGUCGCUGGUGAUCUCGUGAACGUCGGGGACCGGAUCUGCUGGCCGUACGUGAGCAUGGAGUGGGAUUUGGCUGAUACCGUUGGUGGAUAUGGUGGCCAGUCGACCGACACCACGAAAAAGAUCAGCUUUGCCUGCAUUGGACUGAGUGGAUCGGGAGGUAGUUCUAGCUCUGGAUCUGGAUCUGGAUCUGGAUCGGCUUCCGCGACUGCGUCUGCUUCUGAUGAUGUGUCCGUAACUGCGUCCGGCGCCGAGAACACGCAGGCUGCUGCCCAGACUACUGGUGCCAGCACUGAGACUGCCGCCGAUGGUGAGGCAAACCUGCCCACUGGAGUUGAUGCCACCAGCGAGCCAGCUGAGACCACCACUACAGGCGAAGCUGCCACUGCCACUGCCACCCCUACUCGCAAGCCGGGCAAGUGCAGGGCUCACUAUAAACACUAA